GUGAAGCUCUGUUAACCCAUCACUGUGCGCAUAUUCUCAUCAUAAUGAAGCUGGGUCUCCCUCUCACACUCAUGUGGGUGCUCUCCAACGCAGAUGGAGCUCUUGAAUGUCAGGUUAGUCGAGGCUCCAACAUGUGUGCAUCCGAUGAAUAUUGUGCAACUGCUGCCAUACAGAGCAACACCGGAACACAUCAGUCCAAGUUAUGUUUGUCGUCCUCUGCCUGCGAACCAAACAAUCAGACAUUCUCCUACAACUUCGGCUCUAUCUUCACUGCACUGGUUCACUGCUGCAAAACAAAUAACUGCAACAGUGAAGCUGUGGCUUACCGAGAUGCUCAAACAAAUAACAGCCUCCAGUGUUUCACCUGCGUUAAUGAUGUCUGUAACCGGACGGUUCAGUGUGUGGGAGAGCAGUCCCGCUGCUUUAAAGGAAAAGUGGAAGCUCAUAGCGACACCUCGCAGGUUCUUGGCUGUGCUUCUGCAAACCUGUGUACUCUUCUUCAGCUGAAUAAGAAAUCUGCUUUGGUUGAUCAUAUUAGCUUUACCAGUGCACCAGAAUGUUGCGGAACCAGCUUCUGUAAUUCAGCUGGGACUGUCAAUCUGAGUGUGGUUCCCGUGCUUCUUGUUCUUCUUUUCCUUAUCGUCUAUUAGAACCAAGAGUGGAAUAGAACUGAAAGGUACAUUGAAAAACUUACAAACAACAACUAACCACAUCAUUGUUCUAAAUUAAUGUUUUCAUAUGAGUUCAAAUCUUUCAUCUUUUGAGAGCUGCCUCAUUAAAAACUACCAACACCCAGUAGUCCUCUUGUUAGGUCUUUACAGGUCUUGUCGUUGUCCUGCAAUUUCAUUUAAAACAAAUGUAGUUGCAAAAAAGCUCUAUAUAAAAUUGAAUAAACCAUCUUUCUUCUGUCA